CCUUUGGCGGCAAAUAAUGGAGGUGGUGGUGGUGUUGUUUUGGUGUUGUCAUUUCUCCCCGUCACUUCCCUGUUGACACCCCCCCAGACUACACCCCUCCACACCCCCACGCCCCCCACGCACCCUGGGAACACACCCCACUCACCCAGGGGGAGCUCAAAUAUAGGAUGAAGUAAAGAAAAAAAAACAAGCAAGAGAUAGAGAAACCAAGAAAAACAGCAAAACAAACAGCCACAAUGCGAAUCAGCUGUGAGGUGUUAGUGAGCAACCGUCGCCUUCCUUCCCUGGGCAUGGCGAACAGCAGGCGACGCAGCUGCCAGGCCUCGCUGGGGAUCGGACGCAGCGCUGGGGGGGCGGGGGAUGCCUCGGCCCUGUUUGUCCUGCUGUGUACCGCCCAGAACAAACAUGGGACCAGGUACAAGGUGGCUGGGAACAUAGAGGCCGUUUUCACCAAGUUCCUGAGUGAGGGGAAAUUCACCAUCCGCUUUAAAGAACCAGAGGAGGAUGUGUGUGUGAAGGCCGACCCUGUGCUGGCUAAGGGUUUCCUGCAGACCUUGAAGGCCGGUCUAACAAGUCGCAGUGUGGACAAGCUGCCUCUAUCCAGCCUGGGUCCGGCCAAGGCUAGUCACCUGGAGCGGCCCAAGACUCGACUAGUGGUCACCAAGCGGUCCGACUACCCCCUCACUGCCCCCUUCCCUUACUCCCUGGAGGAACUCAAGAUCAACAAAGUGAAGCUUCAGCGAAUUGAGAACCGCAUUUUGAAACUUCCCCGCCUGCACACCCUGGACAUGGCCGCCAACCAGCUGCCCGCCGUCCCCCCCGACCUGGGCAAGAUGGCCGCCCUGGCACAUCUCGACCUGCGGGAGAACCAAUUAAGCUUCAUUCCAGCACAGGUGUUCGCAGGAAGCCUCAGGAAAACUCUCAUCUCGCUAGACCUGGCACAAAACCUGCUGCAAUACAUCCCACACACCAUUAGCAGCCUGGAGAACCUUUCAACCCUGCGUCUUGAUGCCAACCACCUCAUUAAGCUGCCUCUCUCCCUCGGCAAACUCACCAACCUCAGGUGUCUGUCAGUGAGUGGAAACAAGCUGGUGGAGUUGCCAGCUUCAGUAAGGCGAUUGAGGUUGAGUAUGCUGGAGGUAUGUGAGAACCCCUUCACCACCCCCCUUGGCAUUGUCCGGGACCGGCUCACCUCCGGGGGGGCGCCGCGACUCAGGGAGGUGGCCGCACGCUCCUGUGUCAAAAGGGGGCUCAAACCCACAGCCUCAGACAUCCCUGCUACCCUAGUGGAGUAUUUAGAGAGUUACCUGCACUGCAUCUGUGGCCGGCCAUGCUUUGAGUCCCACAUCUUGGCCUGCAUUCCACUUAAUCUGGAGCGUUUAUCCACAUCAAUAGUGGUGAAGCAGGUCAUCCGCUCCACCGUCCCGGCCAUGGCCACCCUCUGCUCCCUCCGCUGCUGGGACAUGUCCAAGAAGAGGUGAUGGAGUAGGUGAAGGGGUGGUGGUAGUAGUAGUAGGUGGUGGUGGUGGUGGUGGGUUGAAAUAAAAGGUGGAGGAGGUUUGAAAUAGGAGGAGGAGGAGGAGGUGGAGGAG